CGCGCUCCGAUCCUGCGCUUUUGUGAUGCUAAACAACAGCAGGUCAUCAGGAUUCCUCCUCCAUCAGACCUCCAGAACAACACAGCGACUCAGUCUAGACAUUUGAAAAGGCCGAGGGACCGUGCACUAUCUGUGCAUUAUUUUGUUGGGCAGCUCAUUUUUCCACUGCUUUUAACCAGUCACAUAUUGUUUUUCGUUUUCCUUUAUCAUAAAUACUUUGAUCUCCUGGUAGUUUUGUUUUAUUUUAUUUAUUAUUUGUCAUAAUGUUGUUAGAACAUCCAGGAUCAAGCUGUCAAAAUGCUGGAAAUUACAACAGGUACAGCUCGAGUCAAGAUAUUCCUGUUUGCGCUGGUUGUAACCAGCACAUCGUCGAUCGUUUUAUCCUGAAGGUUCUAGAUCGACACUGGCACAGCAAAUGCCUGAAAUGCAACGACUGUCAGUCUCAGCUGGCCGACAAAUGCUUCAGUCGAGGCGACAGUGUCUACUGCAAAGACGACUUCUUCAAGAGAUUCGGGACCAAGUGCGCCGCGUGCCAGCAGGGCAUCCCGCCGACACAGGUGGUCCGGAGGGCGCAGGAUUUCGUCUAUCACCUGCACUGCUUCGCCUGCAUCGUCUGUAAGAGGCAGCUGGCCACAGGUGACGAGUACUACCUGAUGGAGGACAGUCGACUGGUGUGUAAAGCCGAUUAUGAGACCGCCAAACAGAGAGAGGCGGAUUCUACAGCAAAACGCCCGCGCACAACAAUCACCGCCAAACAGCUGGAGACGCUGAAGAACGCUUAUAAUAACUCGCCGAAACCCGCGCGACACGUGCGGGAGCAGCUGUCCUCAGAUACCGGCCUCGACAUGCGGGUGGUGCAGGUCUGGUUUCAGAACAGAAGAGCAAAGGAGAAAAGACUGAAAAAAGAUGCAGGAAGACAGAGAUGGGGUCAGUACUUCAGAAACAUGAAGAGGUCACGCGGGAGCUCCAAAUCAGACAAAGACAGCACUCAGGAGGAGGGCAUGGACAGUGAUGCCGAGGUCUCCUUCACAGACGAGCCGCCCAUGUCGGAGCUGGGUCACUCCAACGGCAUUUACAGCAGUCUGAGUGAAAGCUCUCCGUCUCUGAGUCGUCAGGGUGGAGGUCAUCCGCCCUUCCAGCUGGAGCACGGCACAAUCAUCCCCUCGCAGGAGCAGUACCACGACAUCCAGGCCAGCAGCCCCUACAGCCUCCCGCAGUCUCCAGGCUCACUACAGGCUCUUCCCAGACACCAGCCCCUCAUCUCCAGCCUGGUGUAUCCAGAGUCUGGCCUGCCCAUGGUAGGUCAGAGUGGAGGCCAGAACAUGACUUCGGGGGUUCGCAUGAUGGUCGGGGGAAACAGGCCGAGCUCUGAUUUGUCCACGGGAAGCAGCGGUGGGUACCCGGACUUCCCUGCGAGCCCGGCGUCCUGGUUGGAUGAAGUGGAUCAUGCCCAGUUCUGAUAGUUUUGAAGAUUGCUCUUUGGAAAGAGACCUAGAGCAGAUCUCCACUAGUGGACAGGGAUUACAGAGCGGAUGAACCUCAUAUCUUCUCUAUUAAUGGUGGAAGUGUUGGAAAUCAAUUUGCGAUGGACGUAAGACUGGAGCUGAAAACUCUUGCCAAGGCUUUGGACUUCUGUUUGGUUCUACAAGGACACAACAUUGAGAGGAAAGCUUUCACCAACUAUUGGAGCUUUUCACCAACUUUUACCAUACCUAGACCUUCAUUUCUUAACCAUACAAAGAUUUUAUUUUCUUCUUCAAAAUGAGAAUUCAAGUCAGUUACAGUACACAAAGAAAGAUGAAAUCAUCAUUGCUGUUACUGAUGUGUAGAAAUGUGAUAUCACCAAUUUUGGUUAUAUGGUCGUUGCCAAAUUGUCUAUUUACGUUAUAUAACAUUUUAUCAAUGUGGAGUCUUUAUUUUUAUACAACCUCCUUGGACAAUAUGAUCACAGAGACUUUGUAUGUUUCACAACAGGGAUAGACACGUUGUUGUUGUUGUCUCUUUCUAUUCAGUAGGAGUUCCUCUAUGCAUUUAUGUGUUUUCAGACGCGUCUCGUUCAUUGCACUCUGUUGGAAACAUUUGGCCCGAGAGGCGCCGUGGCUCCUGUAUGUGUUAUGUGAAAAAAAUGUUUUAUGUCUUAAUUAUUCUCUCUGAUGAUGGUUAAGUGAUAAAGGUCUUUAAUAAAUUUGUCAGCGAAAUCCUCAAGUAGCCAUC